AUGUCUUCUUCGAGCGAACCUUUUUAUCUCCGAUACUAUUCGGGACACAUGGGCCGGUUCGGCCAUGAAUUUCUUGAGUUUGAUUUCAGAGUAGUUGGUGAUGGUCGAAGUGCGGUUGCGAGAUAUGCCAACAAUUCCAAUUACAGGAACGACAGUUUGAUUCGUAAGGAGAUGUGUGUGAGCUCAGCUAUUGUGGACGAAAUCAAGCGCAUUGUCAAAACAAGCGAAAUCAUCAAAGAGGAUGACUCCAAGUGGCCGCAGAAGAACAAGGAUGGUCGACAAGAAUUGGAAAUCAGACUUGGACAUGACCACAUAUCGUUUGAGACCGCAAAAAUCGGAUCCCUGGUCGAUGUAACAGAAUCAGCGGAUCCUGAAGGACUUCGUGUAUUCUAUUAUCUGGUGCAAGAUCUCAAAGCGCUCGUUUUCAGUCUCAUAGCCCUCCACUUCAAAAUCAAGCCAAUUUGA